AUGGCUAAAAUAUGUAAUAAAUGCAAUACAAGCAUCGGCACCAGGUCGCAAAAAAUAGACUGUGGUUUUUGCUUACGCUUGUUUCACGGCAAAUGUGUUCAACUAACCGAUACUCAAAUAAAAAACAUGGAAGGCUUCUAUUGGAAGUGUAUUGACUGCAAAAAUAAUGAAAAUACAAGUACAGUAUUAAAUGGAAAUAUAUCCGAGAAUGAAAAUCUCAUUGAUGUUAUUAAGGAACUUAAAGAAAGCGUUUUAAGCUUAAAACAAGAAAUUCAAGAGUUAAAAGCAGAAAAGAAAACUAAUUUUAAUAUAGAAGAUGUUAUUAAAGAAAUGGGUGAACGUGAUAGUAGAAAAAAUAAUAUUAUUCUCUUUAACUUAAGUGAGGCUAAUGGUAGUAUUGAGGAAAAGAAAAAACUCGAUAUGGAAAGUGCAGUAAAUGUUUUGAAUAAAAUAUCUAACCUAGUGGAUUUUUCAAACAUUUCAACUUAUAGGCUUGGAAAAAAUACUACAAGCGACAUAAUAAGACCGCUUAAAAUAAAACUUAAAAGUCAUGAUGAUGCCAUGACGAUUAUUAAAAACAAAAGAAAAUUAAAAAGUCUUGAGGAAACAAAACAUAUCACCAUUGCAGCAGAUAACACACCUAUGCAAAGAGACUACUUUAAUAAAAUAAAGGAAGAAUUGGCAACAAGGAUUGAAGAAGGUGUUGGUGGCAGCGAAGGAGGAGGAGAGAGGAGCACCUGCUCUGUGUGUUCCACAGUGUACAGGUGCCACCCUCAUCGGGCGCGACGCGCGCGAAACCGCUUCAACUGCCCCAACGGUCACUUAACGCUGAAGAUGGGCUCGUGCUUCAUUCUUCUUCUUCUUCUUCUUCUUCUUCUUUGA